AGUAUCCAAAACUCACAAGUUAAUUUCAUUUUCCAAUAUCUUAAUAUCCAUGUACAGAUGCAAAUGGGCAUAUCGCUGUAUCGAGUAACAUACGAAAAUAUAGCCUAAUCAUUAACCGUGUGUCAUGGGUAAGGAAGAUAAAGUUGAGACUGAUGUCUAUGAGUAUAUGAAAAUACAAAAUAGACCAUACAGUGCUGCAGAUGUUUUUUCUAAUCUACAUAAAGUUCAUGGAAAAACAGCUGUAGUAAAAGCAAUGGAGACACUUGCAGUUGAUAAAAAAUUAAUUGAAAAAGCUUACGGUAAAUCAAAAAUAUAUGUUAUUAAUCAAAACGAAUUUCCAGAAGUUUCCGAUUUAGAAAUUACUAAACUAGAAGAGGAUAUCAAAUUAUGGACUGAAAAAUGUGAGACAUCACAAUCUGAACUGAAACUUAUAAAAGCAUCUCUGCGGACACAUCUUAGCAGUCUAACAACAGAAGGUGCAAAGUCAAAAGUAAAUCAAUUGCAAAAAGAAGUAAAGCAACUCAAAGAACGUUUAACUAAAGCGAAACAAUCCACAAAAGAUAUAAGCGAAGAAGAUAAAAAAAAUAUUUAUAAAAAUCAUAAACAAUUUGUUUCACAUUGGAAAAAGCGAAAGAGGAUGACAACCGAUCUAAUGGAAGCUGUGUUGGAAGGAUAUCCAAAGUCUAAAAAAGUUUUUAUUGAAGAAGUUGGAAUCGAGACCGAUGAGGAAUGCAAUGCUAAGAUACCUGAAGUUUGAAACUUGUUUCGUGGAUAAUGGGCAUCACUAUAUUAUGAAUUGAACAAAUAAGCAUUGUGUAUUCUGGAUUU